GACACAAUUUCACCUCUCUACUCGGUCCUUUACUGUACCAAUUCGUUUUGCUUGUUAAUACUCCUCAUGGAAAUGGUUCGUGGAAUCCUUGCUUGCCUACCGUGAAGCGUUUCAGCAUUUCAGCGUUACAAAUGCACCAUCUUUCUCCCUCGCCUCCUCCUUCUGAUCAACCCACCGCCUCCGCCAACACCUUUUUCCUCUGUUGAAAAAGCAAAAGCAUAGGACAACAGUCAGUACCGGCAUUGAGCACAAGAUUGGGCCUGUGUGAUUCUUGUGGCUUCCACGCCAAAAACACACCUCCAUCAUGUCUCGAGACCGCAGCGGCACGCAAAUGAGCAUCGCGAACCUCCUAAGCAAACUCAAUGACCCGGAUCCAGACAUUCGCUUCAUGCAAUUGAGUGACCUUUCUAAUCUUCUCAAUGCCACGUCCUCUGAGUAUCUCCGCUCUGACCCGCACAUGGCUGCGAGGAUCAUUGAGGGUUUGCUAAAGGCACUGUCUGAUCCGCAUGGCGAAGUCCAAAAUCAAGCCUUGAAAUGUGUCGGUCCUCUUGCAACGAGAACCCCCAACGAGAUAAUCGCCCCCCUUAUUGACAAAUUAACCGAUCUCACAACGUCGGACAUCGAUAUCUCGAUCCCCAAUACGGCCUUACGGACGCUAAUUGCCUAUUUACCCCAGCCUCAUCCAGGUACUGAGAGUGCGGCAGUCAAUGAUGCAUACAUCGCCGUCAGCAAAGUCUUGAUCCCAAGACUAGUCGGACGUGUUGUUCUUCCGCAAAGCAAGCCUGCACCACAAUUGCCCACCGGCCUCCUUCAGAGACAAAAAGACAAGGGCUAUAGCAGCGAUGCAGUCGAUGUUAUGAUUGAAAUUGUCAAAUGCUACGGCCCGAUGAUUAAGGAUCAAGAGUUGGUUGCACUUGCCCAAGCCACCAUGAAUAUCAUUGAGAGUCCACAGGCUGGAGGAGUUGUCAAGAAGCGGGCGCUCGCAGGCAUCGGCGCCCUACUGAUCCAUUUCAAUGACUCUCAAGUCAGCUCAUUCGUCAAUGUCAUUACCAAGAGCUUCCAAAGUGGUCACUUGACCGUGGAGCACCAGCGGUUUCUGAUUGCCACGAUCGGCACUUUGGCUCGCUCUAGUCCGGCUAAGUUUGGACCCUAUCUCGACCAAGUGGUGCCCUCAGUGCUUCAGAUCUUGAGUCAAGAAGAACUCUCUGCUUCGGCAAACCUCUCUGACGACGAGAAUGAAGUUGACCCAGAAGUCGAGGAAUUGCGAGAAACUGCUCUUGUAGCCCUCGAAGCUUUACUCGGAUCAUGCCCUGUGCAGAUGAAACCCCAUCUUCCUAUCGCGAUUGAGUCAGCCCUGAGAUUCUUGAAGUACGACCCGAAUGUCGCCGACCAUGAGGAUGAUGAGAUGGGCGGAACUCAGGAGAGCAAUUCUGAUGAUGGCGUCACAGAAGACGCCCUGGAUGAGGACGAGGACGAGGACGAUGAGUACGCCGAGCUUGAUGAUGAUGAUGCUUUCAGCGAUGUCGAUGACAUGAGCUGGAAGGUCAGAAGAUGUGCUGCAAAGACUUUGCACACAAUCGUUUCAGCCGUGUCUGCUGCUGAUCGUGCCACAUUGUUUGGCACCAUCGCUCCUGUCCUCAUCAGUCGAUUAUUCAGUGAGCGGGAAGAUAGCGUGCAAUUGGAACUUAUAUCCACGACCACCGCUUUGAUUAGAAAGACUGGUUCUGGGCUGACACAGACAAUUUCAAGACGCGACUCGUCGGAGAGUGUGGCUGCACCGCCUAACACGCGAAAGCGAAGACGACAAGACAGCGAGGCUGAUCGCAAAGACCCGGAUUUGAGAGGACUGAUUGCUUCAAGAUCAAGUCCUCCCAUCCUCCCCGCAUCCCCGCCUACCGGUUCUCAGGCUGAGCUUCUAUCUCUAGUACCAAAGAUCGUCCAGGCUCUAUCCAAGCUUUGGAAGAAGGCUACCAUCUCGUUGAGACAAGCUGCUGUGACCAUGCUGAAAACACUUGCUUUAGCAAGGAAUGGAAUCCUGUCUGAUCAUCUGCAACAGCUAGAAGAUCCCAUUGCAGAUGCCCUGAAACAUUCGUCAACAACUGGGUCGGGAAGUACGAGUUCGGGAACAUCGGCUACAAUCGCCAGCCUCCAAAUUGAAACUCUGAAUCUCAUUAGCGCUGUCACGGAGACCAACGAGACAACAGUUCUGGUUCCAUUCGUCAUUGCUCUGAUUCCUCCAGUGACAGCAAUUGCUCGAGAGCGGAAUUUCAAAGUUUCUACCGAGGCCCUGUCUACGAUUGAGCAAUUUGCCAAAGCCUUGACGCCUCCUCGACUAUUGACCACUAACCAAGACCACGCGAUUCAUAUUGAGAAAUUGUGGGAUGUGGUCGUGGAUAGAGUCACUGACAACAAUACUGAUCUCGAGGUCCGGCACCGCGCCAUUCAAGUGUUUGGGGUUCUCCUCGCUCGGACAUCAUCUACACAGCUCCUUCCCCCUGCAACCAGAACUAAGAGCUUGGGAAUCCUUAAUGAUCGUCUGAAAAAUGAGACUACAAGAUUGGCAAGCGCUAGAGCCAUUGGCCUUAUUGGUGAGGCUGCCAGCAUACACGAUAACAUCGGGUCUGCUUGGAUCCAGGAUGUCUCGAUCGAAAUGGCCAAUCAGCUACGUAAAGCCGAUCGUGCUCUAAGAACGUCUUGCCUGGAGUCAUUACAGUAUUUGGCGCUAAACCCGGUCACAUCUGCACAGUACGAAACGGAGACGAUCUUGCAACUCGAAGCCUUACUGCUCCCUCUGGUUACUGGGUCUGAUUUGCAUUUAUUGACACCUGCCCUGGUCAUUUUGUCCAAAAUCAUACCGACAAACGCAGAUGCUCUGGUCAAUGCUGAUAUCGUCAAUGCUCUAUGCAGUCUCACCAAGUCUCGCAUGGAAGGACCUCCGCUGCGAGCAUACCUCCUCGUUGUCAAAGUCAUCGGAGAACAUGGAGUUGGUGCACCUCUCAUGAAAGGAUUGUUGAGCGUUGGAACUGCCGGCGAAACCAUGGUUCUCGGGAGAGCAAUAGGAACGCUUCUUGUCUAUGGCGGCGAUAACCUUGGGGUCACCAUCUCGGACUUUCUCAAGGAAUUGGAAGCUUCCCAAGACAUUCGAGCCGUGUGUCUUGCUUUAGCAGUCCUUGGGGAAGUAGGUUUCCGAGCAGGCACAAAGUCACCCUUUAAAAUGGACGUUUUUGUUCAAUGCCUCUCUGCAGAUUCCGACAAAGUGCGUCUUACAGCUGCGGUUGCGCUCGGCAGUGCCAGCUCGAACAACGUCGCCGAAUGUCUACCUGUAAUUCUACAGAGUCUGACACAAUCACCAUCCCAGGAUUACCUUUACUUGCAUUCACUCAAGGAAAUUCUGGAGCAUUCGGAAAGCUCCUUUACGGACAUGAUUCCCUUCCUACCAGAGCUUUGGGAGAAGCUGUUUGCCGUCUCUCAAUCAGAGGAUAACAGCGCUGUGGGUGCAGAGUGCAUUGGUCGUCUGGCGACGAUAGACCCAAAUACCUACAUUCCUCAACUCUUCAAAUCCCUCGAAGACACGAACCCAACCGUACGUGGCACGGUUAUUUCAGCCUUCCGGUAUACUUUGGGUGAUGUUGGGACUUCCUACAACACGAUAUUGUCCAAGACGAUAACCCCGAUCCUGAAGACCAUGUUGAGCGACUCGGAUCUUGGCAACCGUCGUCUAGCCGUCACCACCCUCAAUGCAGCUAUCCACAAUAAGCCGGAGUUGAUCAUUGCUGAUAUUGGAGAACUUUUGCCAAUUGUCCUAGAUGAUUCUCGGAUCAAGCCAGAGCUGGUGAAAGUGAUCAAGAUUGGACCAUUCACACAUCACGAGGACAGCGGACUUGACUUGCGCAAGUCGACAUAUGCCACAAUGUACGCGCUCCUCGAUACUCCAUCUGCAGUUCCCCAUCUCCCCAUCCCCAAGAUCUUUGAUCGCAUUCUGGACGGGAUUCCGGAUGAUCACGAUAUUCGUACGUUGUGCAACCUCAUGCUGGGCCGUCUCAGUACCAUCGAUCCCGAUGAGACACGUCGCCGUUUGUCGCCUUUGGCCGAGAAAUUCCGGGUUGUGUUGGGCACCAAGAUCAAAGAGAACGCAGUCAAACAGGAAAUUGAAAAGGUGAACGAAGCAAACGCGGCCGUUAUCCGGACGACACUAGAGCUUGAUCACAAGUUUCCCACUGCCACGACCGAGCUGACAGGAGAAAUGGUACAAUGGAAGGGAUACAUUGAGUUUGUGAAGAAGGAGUUCACUCAGAUGGUUAGGAAUAUUCUCGAGGAGAAUUCUUGACUGUUGGACUGAGUGAUGAGGGAAUCGGGGAUCAAUACCGGCAUGCAGAAGCAUCUUUUAAAGUCUUGUAGUGUGAGAAUUGUCAAUACCGACUUGGGACUCGGUAUAUGGUGGUCAAGAAUUGUGUCGUCGACAUGGCGCGAUGAUGAUUAUCAGGGAACAAACAUCUCGCUGGGGAUGAAGAACUGCACAUAAAUAGAACAACGCCGGAAGGGCGGAGGAACGCAAAACUCAAAUGACCACAAUCAAUCACCAUUACUCGAUGCAUGACUAGUGAGGCUGCUGAUGGG